AUGAACACACUCGCCGAACGUCUGCACAAGGACGUGGACAACGUGACGCACUCAGAGGCUUACAUAACUUCGUUGUACUUCACGUGUUCCAGUCUGACCAGCGUCGGGUUCGGUAACGUGUCGGCCACCACCGGCGCAGAGAAAAUAUUCAGCAUAAUAACGAUGCUGAUUGGAGCGCUCAUGCACGCCGUGGUGUUCGGUAACGUGACGGCCAUCAUCCAGCGCAUGUACUCCCGGAGGUCGCUGUACCAGAGCAAGUGGCGGGACCUCAAGGACUUCCUGACGCUGCACCAGGUGCCCAGCGAGCUCAAGCACAGGAUGCAGGACUACUUCCAGACCAUGUGGUCACUGAACCACGGUAUCGACAUACACGAGACGCUCAAGGAGUUUCCGGAGGAGCUCAGGGGCGACGUUUCCAUGCACCUGCACCGGGAGAUACUGCAGCUGCCCAUUUUCGAGUCCGCGUCGCAGGGUUGCCUGAAGCUGUUGUCGUUGCACAUCCGUAGCAACUUUUGCGCCCCCGGCGAAUACCUCAUCCACAAAGGCGACGCGCUCACGUCCAUCUACUACCUGUGCAACGGGUCCAUGGAAGUCGUCCAGAACGGCAUGGUCGUCGCAAUUUUAGGCAAAGGCGAUUUGGUCGGAUGCGACAUUAGCAUGUGGCUGGGCCAAGGCAGCGGUUCAGGUAACACUGGAGUUGUCGCCGGUGGCGGGACCACCGGUGGUGGAACAGGAGGUGACACGGUGGUCAAGUCUAGUUGCGAUGUCAAAGCUCUAACUUAUUGCGACCUAAAGUGCAUUAAUGUGCUCGGGUUGGUAGAAGUUUUGCGGCUUUACCCCGAGUACCAACAGGAGUUUGCAAAUGACAUACAACAUGACUUGACGUACAACAUACGUGAAGGAUACGAGGCCGAAGUAAUUAAACCUCACAAAGAAAUCGAUCAAAAUGGUAUUACGACGUUAACGUUACCGUCGAUAAGCGAAGACGAUGAAAACUUGCAAGAAGAAUGCGACGGAUCUCCGAAAUCGCCUCCUUCUAGAUCACCGUUGCACUCCAGUUAUAGUCCGAGCAGACAUAACCUCACUAAACUAUCUCAAAACAGAUCAAGGACGCUGCCUCGAAGUGAUAUCGAACACAGAAAAGUCAAUGUUGACAGACUGGACACACAAGUUACUUCACUUCAUUAUCACGUCGCAACUUUAAGUCAAGAGGUGAAAAACGCCAUACAAGCGCUGCAAGAGCUGGCGACGACCAGUUCGAACGUCAGGUAUCCGUACUCGUUGCCGGCCAGGUCGAACCCGGACCUGCCGGAGAACGUCAAGCGGCCGCAGAUGGCCAUCCUGCAGCGGAGCUCGUCGCACCCGCCCGAGGUGUUCGGCUGGGACGGGACGGUAUACGACAGUCCGGCGCACCAGCCUCACCACCCGUACCACCACCACCACCACCACCACCUGCUACACCAACCACACCACCAGCAGCAGCACCACCAACACCACACGUACCAGCAAUCGAACCAGCAGUGUCUGCCGUACCAGCAGCAGCACACCGGCGGCGGCGGCACCGUUUACACGCACCCGCCGUCGUCGUCGCCGCCGCAGGCGCACCAACAGCAGCAGCUCCAGCAGCCGCGGUACUACCACAGGCCGUCGGUGGCCGGCACGGCGGACGUGGCCGUGCAGACGGACGUUUCGGGCGUGGACGUGUUCGAGCGGUUCGUCAAGGCGCACCGGACGCUCGUGCUCGAGUGGCUCAACGAAAGCGACCACGUGGCCGUGACGGUGUACGACGACGAGACCGCGGCCAGCGGGAGACGACAGCGAAACGAACGGUCUCCGUCUUCGUCGUCGUCUUCGUGCUCGUCGCCGCCCCGGCAGACUCGCGCUCCCGCGGCCGACACUCCCCCCGCGGCCGACACUUCCGUCGACGCCGCCGACGGAUCACCUCCGGCCGGAAGGAACGACGCGCCGCGGGAAUGGUACACCGCGGCCAACCCCCUGGUGGCCACCGUCAGCGACGACAGUGGCGGCGGCGGGGGUGACAGUGGGGGCGGCGACGAGGACGACGGCGGUGCCACUGGCCACGAGUCCAUCGAGAUGACGCGCAUGGCACCAGCUGGUGACGCCGCUAACGCGUCCGGUCCAAUUACUACCCUUAAGUUCCACCCGUUCGUUUGA